AUGGGUCAGAUGUUCUUCCGCGCCUCGCUGUUCGGGGCAUUUGGAGCGUCGAAGCGAUGGUUGGGCACGAACGCUGACGGCACCACCCGCCCCCUGGAACGUAUCGACUUCUACAAGGCCGGCGCCAUGACGGGCUUCGUGGCGGCGUUCACGGAGGGUCCCAUCGACUUCUACAAGAGCCAGCUGCAGGUGCAGAUCAUCCGCAGCAAGCAGGACCCCACCUACAAACCGCCGUACACUUCUGUCUUGGAGUGCGUACGGCAAACCAUCCGUACCAACGGCUUCCGAGGACCCUUCCAGGGCCUGGGGCCGACCCUCCUGCGCAACACGCCCGCCAACGCGGUGUACCUUGGCUCGUUCGAGGUGUUCAAGCAGGAGGUGGCGGGGCACUACAACUGCAAGACCACGGACCUGUCCGCGGCCACCAUCACAGCCUGCGCAGGUCUGGGCGGCGUGUUGUACUGGCUAACCAUCUUCCCAGUAGACUGCGUCAAGUCCGCAAUGCAGACCGACAACAUCAACCCCGCGCUGCGCAAGUACAAGGACAUCCCCACCACUGUGCGUCUGCUGUGGGGGGAGGGCGGCGUACGGCGGUUCUUCAAGGGCUUCACGCCGUGCCUCAUUCGGGCGGCACCCGCCAACGGGGUGAUGCUGUUGACGGUGGAUAAGGUGACGCAGUUCCUGAACCGGGAUUAG